ACGCAGGCAGACGAGCAGACGGGCCGGCUGCUGUCGCGCGCGACCCGAGACGGCGACACGCAGCGCACGCGUGUACGGCGUUGUUGUUAUUGUUACUGCUGCUGCUGCUGCUGCUGCCGCCGGGUAGACCUGCGCGCGCGUGUACACGAGCGAGAGGGAGAUUGACGGACACGUGACAUACGGAAUUGCCCGCGCGCACGCGGCAACCUGGGCGCCCGUGACUCGCCUCGCUACUCACUCGCGGCGGCGGGACCGAGAUCCGGGACACCGGGACGCGCGGCUCCGCCGAGGAUAGGGGACGGCGGGAGAUCCGUGAGUGCCUCCGCAGGGAUUCCUGCGCAGGAACCGAGCGCGGUAUUAUGUCACACUCCCACGCGAGCGACGGCCGCCGCUGCCGUUCCUGCCGCCGUCGUCGCUGCCGCUGUUGCUGCCGCCGCUGCCGCGAGGCUCAACAUCCUCGUCGUUUGACAUUUCCGCGGGCGUGCAACGCCUGACGGUCCGCGCGCACACACACGUGCUCGCGCUGGUGCGCGCGCGCGCCCUAUUGUGAACGUUACGCUCGUUUCCGUCCGAUACCCUGAGUGUGUUCGGUUCAUCCGCCGGCGCCGAGGUCCCCGCGACACACGAGACGUUUCUCCCAGGUCGCUCUCCCGAGAGCGCCGAUCGUAAUUCGACAGUGACACACCUCCGCUCUCUCGCGAGCCGCGCGCGAUCGCACGCGGCCCACGUUCCGAGUCUUUCCCGCCGGCGGCGCGAGGGAAAAACGCGCGCCGUUCCUGGAUUCGCCAUCCGCUUCGCCGGACAACGCGCCCGUCGACCAACGGCCCCCGUGGGAGGAAGAGUCAAAGGCGGCGCGCGUGGCCCCCGAAGGCGAGGCGAAGUCACCGGAGGAUCGCGCCGCUCGCAGGACGAUGCGCAUCGCCGUCGUCGUCUUCGUCGUCGUCGUCGUCGUCGUCGCCGCGAGUGUCGUUCUUACUGUUCCCUCGUGCGUGGACGCGUAGAGUGAAGGAAAAGAGUAGCGGGAAAAGAGAGGGGAAAAAAGGAAAAAGAAACACACACAGACAACGGAAGGACUGAGAGAGGGAGAGAGUGUGCAUCGUCAACGCGUGUGAAAUGGAUGGUACGCCAAAGAAAAGCGAAGCAGUGCUAAUAUAUGGAUGCCCAUGGGUGGAACUUGGCCGAAAUGUGCCAGCGCUACCAUCACGCUAUACCGGCGGCACCGGCGACGCAGAAUUCCUCGCCAGCUAGGGAUCCCUCGGCUGCCAUCGCGCAAGGCCUGUCAACCGCCGCUCUCAUCGAUCAAGCCAGCCCGUCUUAUUCGCACUACACGAUGCUGGACAAUUAUGACAGGGGUGAGGUGACACCACCGCCGGCGGUGAGCGGCUACGGCGGCUCCCCCGGGCUUCUGGCGCUCCAUUCCUCGCUUUACGCGACUCCCACGUCGAGGGCCUACGACAUCGACUCCGGUAUCGACGGCAACGACAGCUCGAUGCCCAUGGACACCCAAAUCAUCUCGAUACCGAGCAUGCUGACCGGGCCGGCGCAGCAGCGACUGGAGGACAUGCCCUGGCUCGCCUCCGGCCCGUCGCUGGACUACCAGCCGGGCAUCUCGCCGAUUCCCGCGGGAGUGAAGAUGUGCCAUCCCGGCGGCGGCACCGCCCAGAGGAGCCUCAAGGAGCAGCGGAUACGUCGCCCGAUGAACGCGUUCAUGGUCUGGGCAAAGGUCGAGCGCAAGAAAUUGGCCGAUGAGAAUCCCGAUCUCCACAAUGCCGAUCUCAGCAAGAUGCUCGGAAAGAAAUGGCGAGGGCUAACGCCGCAGGACAGGAGGCCCUACGUCGAGGAGGCCGAGAGGCUCCGGGUCAUACACAUGCAGGAGCACCCGAAUUACAAGUACCGACCGCGACGCAGGAAGCACGCGAAACGGACACCCGGUGCACCGUCCUCGCCUCCCUCGGCGAGCAACACCGCGGGCAACAGGUCCAACCCUGCCGGCCCGGCGAUUCAUCAUUCCAUGUCCAAGAUGGACAGUUACCAGGGCAUGUCUCAGAUCCCGUGGGGUGGCCAUUCCCCGAUCUCCCUGUAUCACCAGCAACAGCAGAGUAUUCAGGAGUACAAGUCGGAAAACAAUUCGCUCUACGGCAGUCCUUACACGCCCAUCAUCCACAGCCCGGACAUAUCUCCGGUGGCCAGUCCCGAGCCCGAUGGUGACGGCGGUCAUCUAUCGUCCGCUCAAAAUCCAGAUCCAGAACGAGAUCUGAUGGAGGGGACCUCGAAGCAACACGGAGACAUGACCGAUCAGACGAAACGGUACACCUUUAUGAGUGGCGACAAUCAGCUGCACACGGGUCACGCUAGUAACACUAGCAUAUCAUCGUGUCAGAAUUCCGGCGGUUACACGGAUACAUUAACGUAUAAAAAAUCCGUGGGCUAUUUGAACUUCGAGAGACAAUCCACGAGCUUAGCCGCGGUGGGCAUAGCGAACGGUAUGAUGGUGUCGUGCAAUAAGCUACGCUCCGGUUUCGACAACGUCGGCUCCGUCACGGGCACGUUUUAUCCACCGGUCGCCUCGCCGCACGAUCAAUCGCUACAGCAUUACAGUGGCACGCAGACGUCCAAGAGCACAACGAACUAUUCGAUGCAGCCUACCGUCGAGAGCAAUUACAAUCCAGUCCAAUGCGCUGGCAAUCGACAGCAGCCCAUAGGGAUCCGCGGGGCCGCCGAAAGUUGUCCCGGCGCAGUGACACACCGAUACCAAAUGUCGCAUCAUCAAGAGUACCAGGCGGACGCGUCCUCUGGCCAGCAGCAGCACACGAUGCUCGGCGGCCACAUCGAUCCCGGUAUGAGCGCCGAGGACGAUCAGCAGCAGACGAUCCAGCUGGAAAAAUAUUUCAAGUAUUCCCAUCCGACGAGCGUGGGCCACUCGAGCCUGUCCUCGCAGAGUAUGUUGGACAGCAACCAUAACUACGCCAGCGAUCUGCGCUACUACGGGGCACCGCCGCAAUCUCAGCUUGAUAUACCGAAUUCUCAGUGCAUCGUCGACGACCAGCAGGGCAACAAGGACGCUCGUUGCCCCAACGUCGCGAUCGGUCAUACCAUGGAGCAGUAUCAUCCGGGAUUGGAGGUGUCCAAGUACGCGGACCACUCAGUGACGCAGCAACAUCAGCAGUCGCAGCCACAGCAGCAGCAGCAACAGCAGCAGAGCAUGGAGCACGCGCCCAAGGCCGACGACGAUUUCAGUGUUAUACUUGCGGACGUGCGCAAGACUUGCUACAGUAGUUAGUGUCUUUCUCCUUCUAGUGCACAGAACGAUCCAUAGGGUUGGACUGACGUGCGAAUUUCAGGGACUCUUCUUUCGUUCACGCGGUCGGGAAGAACGGGGCGCUUGUGUGCACAUUUUAUGUCAUCGCGUGGUUGGUGCUACUCGAAAUAUAUAUCAAAGCAUUUUUAUCUCGUGAUCAAAGGUACGUUCUUCUCGUUAACUUCGGAAACAAUAUUUCGGCUCGACGUCUUGACACGAGCAAACAGAUAUUAUUUGCAACUCGGUUCAUCCAUUUGAUUUCCAGCAUGGAAACUAUUUAAUUGCAGUUUUAUCUCUUGGAGCUCUGUCUAUGGGUAUCCCCUGUGUAUAAGCACGAUCUCUUAUGGAUUUCAGUACAACUGAAAUUACAUUCAUGCGAGUCAGUGGCGUACAAUUGUCGCCUAUCACCAAGGUAAGCGAAAUUGCGAUAAAAUAAUAUGAUACGAAUAUAACAAUACGAUACAAACAAUGAUAAACUGCCUGAUAUGAUUAAGAAUGUCAUCGCAUUCUGUUAUGAUACAAUGAAUAUCGUUUUAUUGAAAUUUUUUUACAAGAUAUUAAAUUUCCUGGAUCUCUAUCUUAUCUGUAACGUUAUAUGAAGACUUUAGGACUUUGGAAAACGUAAUGAUAGGCGGCUGGUGGUGCACGGCUAGUGUAGCAUUAAAAUUGCAGAGAGAAUUGUAUACUCACUAUAGAUGUCACAUUAUUUUGUCACAUUAGUUUCAUUAUCAAAGAUAAUACAGUAGCAGAGAUAUAAUAGCGAUAGCGAGAGAUAUUAAAUUUAUGUUAUUGUAUUAGAAAACUGUCACAUGUCAAGAAAUGUUUUGCAUCAGUAAGUCUUUCUCGUAUUUACUCCGAGAUAGCAGCAUUUACUUUUGGUGCUACACCACUGAGCUUUAUCGUCCAAAAGCUUCGUUUUUAAUCGUCACGACGAUUUGACAUUAACCAAUGUACGCUUUUGUUGUAAAUAAAUUUUAUUGCUCAUCAGGGUGACAUUUCUAGCAAAUUGUGCAAACUGCACGCUAAGUUUCGUAGAAAUGCGAGUGGUGCAAAAUGUCUUCGAUGUGUAUAGAAAUGUGUAAAGAAAUUUGGAUAAAACUAAAUUAUUAUUAUACUAUUAUUAUUUUGCUAUUAGUAUAUUACUUACUAUUAAUUAACAUUAUUAAUAUUAUUAUUAUUGUUAAUGUAUCGUACUUAAUAGAAUCAAUUAUGAACAAAUGUUUAUCUGCAUAUAUUCUUCAAAGAAUAUCCUCCCAGAAAAAAAAUAUAACAUGUUCUUAAUGCACUUCGCGUGGUGCAUAUCGUUAAUUUUAUUAUGUACGUAGCGCACACGCGUAUGGUAGGUACACACAAUAUAUGUAUGACACACGCAUACAUAUAUAUAUAUAUAUAAAAUAUUGUAAAAUAUGCGUUAUUCGUAUACAUCACAUUUUUAUUUAAAAAUAAAUUUCUCACUGAGAAAUUCGGUAUACGAUAAAAUUAUACUUUCCAAGAAAAAAUUGACAUUCUCCCGCGAAAGAGCGUAUCACGCAAAUAUAUCUUAAUCACGCAUGUGUACUAAAAAAACGAUUUUUUCAAGGAUUACCGCUCCACAUCAUUAAAACACACACAUGUAUGUAUAUUAAUUCUUUUUAUUAAAUAUAUAUAAAAAAUAUGUGUAUAA